AUCGAAGCGGCAAGACUACUGCUCUAUGGGGUAUAGUUUCUCUGAAAAUACUCCAAAACUACUAGAUAUGUACCUAAGCUUUUACCUUACAGAAGGCACCUAGAUACCUUAUGUAGGUAGAUAAAGAUCUUGAAUUCAUUCCUUCAAUACGAGUACUUAGGUAUCCUUUCAUAAACUCGAGGCGUUUCAUUUCCUUUGUACAUAAUAACUAACAGCCGCAAAUACAUCACUUAAAUUCUUUAUAUAAACCCGCAUAAAACAGGUAUUAUCUAUCAUAAGCGAAUGACGAUUUAUACCAUGCCUUUUUAUGAAAUAGAAGUUUCUACAGUAGACCGGGAAAUAAUACGCACACCUAAAAAUCUCUUGCCUCCUCAUAAUGGAUUCCUCGACUUUCCCAACUCACGUACUUCUCGGCUCUCUUCGAUCGACGAGACAAGCUGAUGCUGAAGAGUUCGUGAAUGAUUCCCUCCCCGCCAAGGACACAGCGUAUUCCUCAUGUAAGAAACGACGUCGCAGUGAAGUAUCAGAGCCCGAUUUCACACUUGUAGAAAUGCCUCGCCUUACUACCCCCCAAUCGACUGAAUACCGAAGUUCACGACAGGUUCAGGAAGCCACCUCUCAUCGCCCGAACUCUUCUUUCCAAGAUUCCGAUCAGUCCCACGAAGAUCCCUCUCCAAACCCUGAAAAACUUCCCUCCGAGCUUUAUAAUAAAGCGCAUCUAGCUUGGUGGCUUGAGUACCUGGACCCAUCUCAAUCACCUAACUAUUCUUCUGAUUCUUCGAAGGCCGAUCGAAGCGCUUCCUUUGACUUGGACUCAGUAGAUAUGGCUCCGAGUGGGCAACAUAGCAUAACAUCGUCUGCAACUCGUGGGGAUCGGGUAGGUUCACCAGGCUAUCGAUCCACGGUCUUGAAUGAACUUGGUAUCUACAAUAUACCUAUAGGCUUUUCUAAUACUCCGAAAUGGGCUCGUAAAUGCCACGACUACUUCAAAAUACCCGUAACACUCACUGCAGAAGCUCACGAGGCGAUGAGGGAGAAUUAUCUCGCACUAAUCAAGGUGCUCACUGAGAAUACUACACUUAAUAAGAGUGACCCUAGUUGGCAUCUCUUCAGUUAUACGGGUAUAUUGCCGCAGAGCGACACGCGGCAGGCGAAUCAAGGCCAGCCCAGUGGAGAAUAGGCGGGUCAAGAGGAAUCGGAUGAAGAAGAUAUCAUACCUUUCAUUCCGCGGCCCCUAUUCCAUCAUUGUACGAACGUACCGUUUUCUACUACAAACGGCCAUAUACCCAAGGACCCGGAGCGAAAGUACAUCAAAAUGGUCACGCCCAAGCCUGACCUUACCGUGGGGUAUUCAUAUGACAAGAUCACUCCAAUUAGAAACAUUGCCUGGCUCUAUCAUCGAAAGCAAGACUUCGUCAUCAAUAAUGCUCAGAUAUAUUUCCCUUAUUUCUUAGUUGAAGUAAAGACCCCAAAAGGCGACGUGACAGAGGCGUUGAACCGGUUGAUGGGCGAUGGCGCAACUUGUCUUCGCCUAAGCUCGCAGGUGCUCCCUAGAACUAUGAACUUCGUCUUCGGUACAGUUGCCACUCCCCAAUGGAUACAACUUUAUUCCAUAUGGCAGGACAAGAGUGGACAAAUCUAUGUUGAAUUGAUAGAGGAUUUCUCCCUAAGUAAAGUCGAAACGUAUUCGAACUGUCGGGACGCUAUCCGAAAGAUACACGAAUGGGCAGCACAAGUCCGGCUUCCGGCCAUUUUCGAAGGUCUUUACCAGAUGGUGAAGGCCGAGGAAGAAAAGGUACAAAAUAGAAACGAAGAAUAUUAAAUUGAUGAAUAAAAAUAGUGAGUUUACCUAAAU